AUGGCCACUUUAAAAGUCAAUCAGAUGGAUUUAGAGCAAAGUCACGAAGAACAGAUUGCCGCGAUUGAAGAAUCCUUUAGAGUCGCAAAUGAUCCAAAUGAACUUAAAAAACUUACACAUCCUAAAAAUCCGAAUGCAACACCUGAAGAAAUUCUUUCUAUAUUACCAGAAUUUGAAUAUCAACAUAUUGUGGUUGUACAAGCCAGUUUUGAUAAUGAUCCUUGGGAAGGCCUGCUCAUGGAAGACGAUGAAGAUCAUGGGAGAAAUAGACCAGAACGAAUUCGUAAGGCAUUAAUCAAUCCAGUAGUGUCUGGAAAUGAGAAGUUUUUGAUGUUAUAUGUCCCAUCAGCUGAAACUGCACAAAGAUUAUCAAAUCUUAAAUCAUACGAUGAUGGUCAAGGAGAAUAUAAUUAUAAAUGGGUUAGAGAUUAUGUUACUGACAAGAAUCAGAUUCCAAAAAAUUCACAACUUUUAUUUAUGGAACGUUAUGUUGACGAAGAUGAAACAAAAGAGAAAGUAAUGGUUUACGUUCCUUUUGCAGUUAGGUGGAAUAUGAAACGUAGACGACAAACAGAGAGAGUACGAGUACCAGAGAAUUAUGGAAAAACAACUUUUUUGAAAUAUUCCUAUAGAGUUCCUGAAGAUGAGGAGACCAGUCAAGUGGAAUUGUUAAUAAAUGAAGGGCUUCAUGAAGAUGAAGUGAAGCGUAUCAUGGCCAAGAGAAGACGGAUUGAACGACCGACAGUUACACAAACCACACAAAAUGAUCACAACACACCGAAUGAUCACAACACACCAAUUGAUCAGAAUUCACCAAUUGAUCAACAUACACCAAUUGAUUGA